UGAGGGAAGCUGGCGAGAGGAACCUUGGAAAGUUUUGCUCCCCAUCCCUGCAGCUUUCCAAGGCCGCAAGCUCCCAGCUCUGCCUGCCUGGCCUCGAGCCCCAGUCCCGGCUUCCCCCACAAGAAACAAACCCCAGGAAAAUCCAACCCCAAAGGCCCCCCCGGAGCCGUGGAGAGCCCCGAUUUCUCCCGCUUUCCCAGGGGGUUUGAGGGAUGCCCAAGAAAUUCCAGGGGGAGAACAGCAAGUCGGCGGCGGCGCGCGCCCGCAGGGCCGAGGCCAAGGCGGCGGCGGAGGCGCGGCGGCAGCAGGAGCUGGAGGAUGAGCUCUGGAAGGACGAGGACAAACACGUCCUGAGGAAGGAGCAGAGGAAGGAGGAGCGCGAGAAGCGGCGCCUGGAGCAGCUGGAGCGCCGCAAGGAGCUGCAGCGGCUGCUGGAGGAGGAGGACGCCAAGCUCAAGGGGAAAGCUCCGCGGCAGGGGAGCGCCGGGAAGGUGACGCGCGCCCAGAUCGAGGAGAACGUCCGCAGGGAGCCGCGGGAAAGCGCGGACGCAGCCGAGAAGGAGAAAUCCCACCUGGAGCUGCCGCUGGAGGAGAACCUGAACCGGCGGCUGCCCGAGGAGGGCGCGGUGGAGGCGCGCAGCAUCGAGGACGCCAUCGCCGCCCUCAGCGUGUCCCAGCCCCUGGAGCGCCACCCCGAGCGCCGGCUCCGCGCCGCCUUCGCCGCCUUCGAGGAGCUGCAGCUGCCGCGGCUGCGGCGGGAGCACCCCAACAUGCGGCUGAGCCAGCUGCGCCAGCUGCUCAAGAAGGAGUGGCUGAGGUCCCCCGAGAACCCCCUGAACCAGCGGCACAAAGCCUACAACAGCCCCCCAUAGCCCCCCGGAGCCCCCCGGAGCCCCCGGAGCCCCCGGA